AUAUAUGACUUACCGGCCGAUGAACUUCUCGAUUCGUACAAAAAUGACGGAGACGUUUCGAAAACCAUCCGUGAUGUCAUCGAGAAAAACAAGUUGAGCAGAGUGAGCAAAGGAGACUGGAGCAUUCAGAAGGUGGAUCGUUGGCUGAAUAAGCUCACAGAGUUGACAAAAGACGACGAACAGAUCACACAUUUGAAGUUCGCUGCUAAAAGGUUUGUCUUGCGUAUAAUAAAAGCUCCUGAUCAAUACACUUCCUCAACUGGAGAAUUUUCGAUUAUCAUCCAUGAAGUACAGUAUCUGUUACGCCUUGUUAUAAAGGAUCUCCGUUUUAACGCUGGUGUAAAACACAUAUUGGAUGGAUUACAUGCGUCAGCCUAUGAAGCGUUUCAAAGUUGCCGUGAUUUGGCAGAAAUAUGUUGGAAAGGUGAUAUUUCACAGUACUGGUGUAAGAAGGCUGAGCCGUGUAAAUCAGUUGAACAAGCAAUGAAGAGAGAUGUGUGUAAAUGGCAUGUUUGCGGAGAUCAAAUACGAUGGAGAAAGAGUUCAGGUGAAGAAAGGAUUAUCUGGAGGAGGGCCGAAUGGCUGAUACCGCCGAUCUUAUCGUUCUUGGAGGCCUAUUUUGGUACUGGAAGCAAAGGGGGUAUGAUGUCCGUGUUUCUAAUGGGUGUGUACGACGAAGAUACAAAAUCAUAUCGAACAGUUACCAAAUGUGGUAAUGGACAUACUGACGACGUACUCGAGGCGAUAAAUAAGAAACUUAAAGAUCAGGUAGGAGCAGAGUUCUCAAAAUCAGAAAAUCAUUCCGCUGGAGGUAUCUCCAUCCGAUUCCCACGAGUGACGCGUAUUCGAAAAGACAAGGACUGGAAGAGUGCUACCAGCUUGGCCGAGUUGAAGAAGCUCUAUGAAUGCUCGAAAACGAAAACCGAUUUGGAUCGCUCGUUGGAAGAUGAGACUCCGUUGUAUGCAAAAGAAGGCAUGGAUCACGGCGAUGUGGAGGAGCUGAUUGGGGAAAAGGUGGAAGACGUGGCAGGGAAAAAGCCUGAAGAUGUUGAUGUCAGUUCUGGAUCCACCAAAAGGAAGCAUGAGAAGGAGCAAGUAUCUGAGGCAGUGGAAGCGAAAAAACCUAAAACCGAAGAAAACAGCGAGCAGUGUCCACCCGGAAAGACGCCAUGCAAAUAUGGUGCGGAGUGCUACCGUAAGAAUAAAGACCACAAAGCUGAAUUCUGGCAUCCACCGAAAAAAUAA